CGCGGAAGUUUUCUAGGCUGGCAGGUGUUUUCUCAGUUGCCCAUCUUUGUGUAUAGCGACCUUCCAGCCUUAGCCUCUUAGCCUGGUAAAGGCAUUUGGAGCCGAGCACGCACCCCGUUUGUGUGCGAAGUAGCUGUUGGCCGCCUGGGAUCCCAAAGAAGCAGGCAGGCUAGUACUGUGCGGCGGCCGGAUCUCCGGUCUGCUACCGCAUGUACCAUGUUUUCUUGUGAUAUUUGUGGUGAAACAUUAACCUCAGAGCCAGACAUGAAAUCUCACCUCCUAAUUGUGCACAUGGAAAAUGAAGUUAUAUGCCCAUUUUGCAAGGUGUCAGGUGUGAAUUACGAAGAAAUGUAUUUUCAUAUUGAAACUGCGCAUUCUGAACAAAAUGAACUAGAGAGAAACUUUCACAGGAUCAAUACAAUCCAAUAUGAAACUUCAGACAACAAAAAGGAUACCCCCCUCCAGUGCAGAAUGGAAGUUAAUUCAAGUGUUCAUUCAGCUUGUGCAUCAAAUCCAAAAAUUUCAGCUCCAAGCCUGCCUAAGGAUGUUACUUUAAAACAUAAAGAUGUUUACUCAGGAAACUUAACCGAAUCAAAAAAAAUCCUAAAAAGUAAGGACAAACAGUGUGACAAUUCUGAAAUUAAAGGAUUGAUGUGUGGGACAACGUAUAGUGCUCCUGAAUGUCCAUUCUGUGGAAAAAUAGAAAACUAUAGUAAAGACAUGGAAGCUCAUGUCAAAACAAAGCAUGCCAAUCUUUUAGACAAUCCACUAGAAGACUGUGAUCAACCACUGUACGACUGCCCUAUGUGUGGGCUCAUCUGUACAAAUUACCCUAUUCUCCAGGAACAUGUUAACUUGCAUUUAGAAGAGAACUUUGGACAAGGCUUGGACAGAGUACAGUGUUCUAGUGAUCUUGAGUUGGCUCACCAACUUCAGCAAGAAGAAGACAGGAAGAGGAGAUCUGAAGAAUCAAGGCAAGAAAUUGAAGACUUUCAGAAGCUGCAGAGACAAUAUGGUUUAGAUAAUUCUGGAGGAUAUAAACAACAGCAACUACGGAAUAUGGAGAUAGAAGUAAACAGGGGAAGAAUGCAUCCAUUUGAAUUUCAUAGAAGAAAAGCUGAUAUGAUGGAAUCACUAGCUAUUGGUGUUGAUGAUGGCAAAACGAAAACUUCUGGAAUUAUUGAGGCACUUCAUAGGUAUUAUCAAAGUGCAGCCACAGAUGUGAGGCGUGUGUGGCUUUCUACAGCAGUGGAUCACUUUCAUUCAUCAUUUGGUGACAAAGGUUGGGGUUGUGGUUACAGGAAUUUCCAAAUGCUGCUUUCAUCAUUAUUGCAAAAUGAGGUUUUUGAUGAUUGCUUGAAAGGUAUGUCAGUUCCUUGCAUUCCAAAAAUUCAGGCUAUGAUUGAAGAUGCAUGGAAAGAAGGUUUUGAUCCUCAGGGGGCCUCUCAACUUAAUAACAGGUUACAGGGAACAAAGGCCUGGAUUGGAGCCUGUGAAGUAUAUACACUCCUGACCUCCCUAAGGGUAAAAUGUCAUAUUGUUGAUUUUCACAAGUCAACUGGUCCUUUGGGUACACACCCUCGCCUAUUUGAAUGGAUUUUAAACUAUUAUUCUUCAGAGAGGGAAGGGAGUCCAAAAGUAGUGUGUACAUCAAAACCUCCGAUCUAUCUUCAACAUCAAGGUCAUAGUCGCACCGUUGUUGGAAUCGAAGAGAGAAAAAACCGAACAUUAUGUUUACUAAUAUUUGAUCCUGGAUGUCCUUCUCGAGAAAUGGAAAAAUUAUUAAAGCAAGACAUUGAGGCCAGCAAUAUCAGGCAACUUAGAAAAUUUGUAGGAAAUUUAAAACAUAAGCAAUACCAGAUAGUGGCAGUCGAGGGUGUUCUUUCUGCAGAGGAAAAAGUUGCCAGAAGACAAGCUUCUCAAGUCUUUACAGCUGAGAAGAUUCCUUGAAGAAGUAAGCACUUCAGUGAUUAUGGAAUUUCAUUUUCUAAAUUCAGAUAUUAAACUCCUUAGUAUAAUUUACAAAUCU